UUAAGGGUGGGUACCCUAUUUCAAGCCGAGCACAUGACGCUCUAACGAUCAUAUAUAAAAACGUCACGAGCAGCUGCAUUAACACGCUGUGUGUACUGUCAAAUAGUAAAAAUGACUGACCGCAGUGGAAAAUUUAAUAUUUGGAAGUUAGUCAAAAUUGUGUCUCUCAGCUUAUUAUUCGUUGUUAUAGUAUGUUUCGUUGCAGCCACUUUAAGGACUCUGACGUUUGACGUGAAUUCAGGACUUCAACUUGCACACUGGGAAAAGACGAACAACAUUGCGUCUGACAUAAACCAGCACCAGCGAAAGGAGCUUCUUGCUAAUUUCAGAGAGGCAAUCCAGAUUCCCACGGUGUCAACAGCGAAGACGCAGCUCAACAUCACCGCACUGGGCGAGUUCGACAGCUUCCUGAGGAGAGUUUUCCCUACAGUUUUCUCUUCCCACCUGGUCCAGCAUGAGGUUGUGGCCAACUACAGCCACCUGUUCUGGGUGCCUGGCUCUGACCUGGCCCUGGUCCCCUACAUGCUGCUGGCCCACAUAGAUGUGGUGCCUGCUGAUGAGAAUGAUGGAUGGGAGGUCCCACCAUUCUCUGCAAAGGAGAUAGAUGGAUUCAUCUAUGGUAGAGGGACCAUCGAUAACAAGCAGUCCGUCAUGGGAAUCCUCCAGGCGCUGGAGUACCUGUUGAUAAGAGGUUAUUCUCCGCAAAGGGGAUUCUUCAUUGGUCUGGGUCAUGAUGAAGAGGUGGGUGGCUUGCAGGGGGCCAUGAACAUAGUGAAGGUGCUGAAGAGGAAAGGGGUGCAGCUGGCGUUCAUACUGGAUGAGGGUCUGGCUGUGCUGGAUGGAGUCAUCAGUGGUCUGCAGGGGCCUGCUGCUCUGAUUGGGAUCAGUGAGAAGGGACAAGCCACGGUGAAACUGAGUGUCUUCAAGGCCCCGGGUCACUCCUCCAUGCCUCCCAGAGAGAGCAGCAUCGGCAUCCUGGCUGGAGCUGUCAAAAGGUUGGAGGACAACCCUAUGCCCAUAUUGUUUGGUGAAGGCCCUGAGCGCAGGACCUUUGAACACUUAGCUCACAGGUUUGGACUCCCAAUAAAGUUUGUCAUGUCAAAUAUGUGGCUGUUCUCUCCACUUAUUGGCAGAGUAUUGGAAAGAAGUCCUGACACAAAUGCUUUUUUGAGAACCACAACUGCAGUCACCAUGUUCAACUCAGGUGUUAAGGUGAAUGUUCUUCCCUCCCUUGCUGAGGCCUAUGUGAAUCUGCGGAUACAUCCAGCACAGACCGUAGAAGAGGUUCUAGAGUUCAUCCAAUCCACAGUGGGAGAUGAGAGAGUGAAGAUGGAGCUGGUGACUGGUUUUGACCCACUGCCUGUCAGCUCAUAUGAUGAAACAUCCUUUGGGUUCCAGACCAUCAAGAAGACCCUGCUGGACCAGUUCCCACAAGUUACUGUUGCGCCUGGUGUCUGCAUCGGGAACACAGACAGCCGCCACUACACUGACCUGGCCAAGGACAUCUAUCGCUUUGCACCUACCUGGAUCAGACCAGGGGACACCCAGAGGUUCCAUGGUAUUAACGAGAGGAUUUCAAAGAAGAACUAUGAGGAACUGGUGGUCUUUUAUUUCAAUCUGAUCCAGAACUGUGACAUCAAGGAGCUCCCUUCUCCCCACAGUGCUGGCCAUGAGCUCUAAAGCAGUAGGGUAUUUGGGGGCCACUAUUACAUUCAUAAUCUAGAUAGAAUCUAACAACAAACUCAUUUUUAUUUACCCCUUCAGGAUGGGUCCCUCCUUUAUUUUGGAUGAAGUACAGACAUCUCUUGGUGAUGCUAAAAUAUAUAUAAUAUUAUUAAUAAACAACAACAAACUACCAAUGCUAUAGUUUGAAUGAAGACAGUCUGAUUGUAUUAUCAGUGAGUACAUCAAUUCAAUGUUACUCAUUACAUUUACAUUUAAGUCAUUUAGCAGACGCUCUUAUCCAGAGCGACUUACAAAUUGGUGAAUUCACCUUCUGACAUCCAGUGGAACAGACAUCAAAAGGGGGCAGGCUCUCACGAGGAAUGAGAUUUUGAUCUGUGUUGUAAAAAAACAAAACACUGGUGACGGUAUUGCAUAAGAGAGAUGGAGUUUGAUUUUUAUUAUGGCCAUAAAGUUUUUAAUGGGUAUAAAAAAUCUAUGUAAUAUGUUACUAUUUUGUUAUUGGUCAUUGACGUGAAACUUGAAUUGGAAAUCAUUGUGAUGGGUGAAGUGUAUGCAGUGUGCUGUGAGAGCUACUGGACAAAUUUCCUCCCUGUGGAUUGGUUUCUAAACAAAUAUAAAGAUAUUAUAUCCAUUUAUUUUCAAUGCACAUUAAUGGUAUGAAACUUGAAAUUGCUAUAUUUUGACUAAGCGUGAUAUCUUACUUGGUACUUGAGGUUUUUUUGUUGUGAAUAUUUAAUACAGGUUAAUUGAGGUGCAACACUUGAUUUAUCUGUUUGAGAACUGAAAUUCUAAAAAAUGUCUUGAAAUACUGCUGCCCGGUGUGCGAGGUACUGGGCCAAUAAAGCUGAAGAUAUCAUUAAUGUGGGCGAGUGGUGAACUUAAUGGUUAAUAAACAUGAUGCACUGUG